CAGAAGGUGUCCUUCCACCUGGACGUGGCAGAGCCUGCAGCUGUGUUUGCCAAGGAGCAGCCAGCACGCAGUGAGCUGCAGGCCAAGGUGGGGGCCAGCGCCACCCUGAGCUGUGAGGUGGCCCAGGACAAGACGGAGGUGACAUGGUACAAGGAUGGGAAGAAGCUGAGUGCAAGCUCCAAAAUAUGCAUGGAGGCCGAGGGCUGCAGCAGGCGGCUGGUGGUGCAGCAGGUGGGCAAGGCGGACGCUGGGGAGUACAGCUGUGAGGCCGGGGGCCAGAAGGUGUCCUUC